AUGGUGCAACAGAAGAGAGGUCGUGUUGGCGAAGCCAAGCGGGAGGGCUGCCAGCAGCCGGCCACGGGCGAGAGGGCGCGGCUCCGCCGGGAGACCCCGGGUGAGCCGGGCUGGUGCAAGACCCCCAGCGGCCACAUCAAGAGGCCCAUGAAUGCUUUUAUGGUGUGGUCGCAGCACGAAAGGCGGAAGAUUAUGGACCAGUGGCCCGAUAUGCACAACGCCGAGAUCUCUAAGAGGUUGGGCCGCCGCUGGCAGCUGCUGCAGGACUCUGAGAAGAUUCCGUUCGUACGCGAGGCUGAACGGCUGCGUCUCAAGCACAUGGCUGACUACCCGGACUACAAAUACCGGCCCCGUAAGAAGGGCAAGGGGGCGCCCAGCAAGGCGCGGCCCCGCCUCCCCAGCAAGACUAAACCUUCACUGUUGGGCCGUGGGGGUGGGGGCCGCCGGAAGGCAACCGGGGAGGCUGGGGAGCAGCGCGGGGGUGGCCCUACUCUUGGGGAGGAGGUGGAAGCCGAGGACGAGGAGGAAGAGGAGGAGGAGGAAGAACUGUUGGAAGUGCGGCUGGUGGAGACUCCCGGGCGGGAGCUGUGGCGGAUGGUCCCAGCGGGGCGGGCUGGGGGGAGGCAGGGGGAGCGGGCAGGGGGCCCGCGCCCAGAGCCGCAGUCGGAGGAGGCGGGGGACACCCCGGAGACUUCUAGACCCUCCCAACGCGGAGUGACUGCCACCUCGUCCGUCAGCUCCCCGGCGCCCUCUUCCCUGGUCCCUUCGGAUGAAGAGCUCGAGGAAGAAGAGGAAGGGAGGGAGGAGGAGGAGGAGGAGGAAGAGCCGGAGAAGGAGCCUCUUGGGUUCCUGCCCCGGCAACUCCCAGGAGCCAUAGGCCCCGGCCUAGACUGCACCUCCCUCGACAGGGACCCGGACCAGCUGCCUCCUGCAGGGACCUCGCACUUCGAAUUCCCGGACUACUGCACCCCCGAGGUGACCGAGAUGAUCGCUGGGGACUGGCUCAUGUCCAGCAUCGCGGACUUGGUCUUCACCUACUGA